GAGCGUGUCGUGACGUCAUUUGUACGCGUCAUCACGGGGCGCGGCGCCUAGGCUCCGGAGACUUCUGGGUAGCGGAUUACCCCCGCCCCCCGCGCCGGCGCUUUCCUUUCCUUGCCUGACGCCGCCGCGCUCGCACGCGUGAGGCCUCUCCGCCGCCGCCGAGAUGCGCUACGUUGCCUCCUAUCUCCUGGCCGCCCUCGGGGGCAAUUCCUCCCCCAGCGCGAAGGACAUCAAGAAGAUCCUGGACAGCGUGGGCAUCGAGGCGGACGACGACCGGCUCAACAAGGUCAUCAGUGAGCUGAAUGGAAAGAACAUCGAAGACGUCAUCGCCCAGGGUAUCGGCAAGCUGGCUAGCGUCCCGGCUGGUGCAGCUGUAGCCGUCUCCGCCGCCCCGGGGUCUGCAGCACCUGCUGCUGGCUCUGCCCCAGCUGCAGCAGAGGAGAAGAAGGACGAGAAGAAGGAGGAGUCAGAGGAGUCGGAUGACGACAUGGGCUUCGGCUUGUUCGAUUAGAGUCCUGUCCCCACAAUAAAACCCUUUUUACGUA